AUGGCUUCUUCUCGUGUAGUUUUGAUCCUUUCCAUUUCCAUGGUUUUACUUUCAUCAGUUGCAAUUGCUGCAACUGAUUAUAUUGUUGGUGAUGACAAGGGUUGGACCGUUGAUUUUGAUUACACUCAAUGGGCUCAAGACAAAGUUUUUCGUGUUGGAGACAACCUAGUUUUCAACUAUGACCCUUCAAGGCACAAUGUUUUUAAAGUGAAUGGCACACUCUUCCAGAGCUGCACUUUUCCACCAAAAAACGAAGCACUUUCUACCGGAAAGGAUAUCAUUCAACUAAAAACUGAAGGAAGAAAGUGGUAUGUUUGUGGAGUUGCUGAUCACUGUUCGGCUCGUCAAAUGAAGUUGGUCAUCACUGUUCUAGCCGAAGGUGCACCUGCUCCUUCUCCACCACCUUCUUCUGAUGCUCACUCUGUUGUUUCAUCUCUGUUUGGAGUUGUCAUGGCAAUCAUGGUUGCAAUUGCAGUCAUCUUUGCAUGA